AUGGACGCCCUCGAUCUUGCCAUGCAGAUCUCCAAGAGCAACAGGGACAAGAACCUAAGGCUAACACCGGAGAAGCCGACCGUGAACGUCAUCUCGAAUUACCCCCUGCUCGACCUCCCUCCUGAAAUCUGGAGCAAGAUCUGCCGCUAUGCCGCCGUCCCCAGCGGACCGUCUGCCAUCUUCGUCCCCUCUCUCGCCGACCGUGACUACUGGCAACAACAGCUCACUCAACCGGGCAUCACUCGUACCUGCCGUGCCAUCCGUGCGGAGUGUCUCGGUACCUUCUAUCAGAAUCUCUACGUCAUCUACGAUGAGACUUGGACCUUUCCUAUCAUCGGCGACUGGCUGUAUGGAAUUGGUGCAGCAAACCGCAAGCGCGUGGUGAUUCACGAAGGCGGCGGCAGCUCCUACUGGAGUGGCAACGAUGCUAUUUUCGAGCGUUCGCAUGGAAGGAAUCAUGGGGGUAUACGCGGCCAGAAGUAUGGGCAUUACCUCGCGACUCUCAUGGACGACCUGGAAGAGUUCUCAUCUGAGAGGCAUUACCAGCUGCGUGAUGUAUAUAAGGACGAAGACAGCACGGAAGAGGAAGACGACAGUGAGGACUGGCCAGAGGAGGACGACAGUGAGGACUGGUCAGACGAGGGAUGA